AGGAGUUUGAGGACAGAGAAGCAGAGUUACACCUGGAGCUGCACAACAACUUACAGACGCCAACAUGAAAGCUCUCGCAACUUUCUUGGUUUUGCUGAAUUACUUCACCAGAUGUCAUGGUUGGAUCUGCACUACUGCUCCUGAGCACGUUGCCGCAACCCAGGUUGAUGCUGGCAAUGGAAUGGUCGUAAUGACUGAUAAGAACUCCAACGCCUUCUUCUUGAGUGAUUCAAGUUGGUCCAAACUGGGCUCUGUUCCUCUCAAGCAUGUCACAGUGGGAUAUGCAGGUGUCUGGGGAGUCAACCUCGACAACAGAGUCUAUAAAUUUGCAGCUGGUGAUUUCUUUCCUACUCGUGGUAUAACAUUAAUCCAGGUAGAUGCUGGACAACAUCAGGUAGUUGGAGUUACCCACCAAAACAGCAUCCAUUGCCUGAACGCCAGCAGUGCCUCUUCCAUUCAGGAGGAGGGAGUCUUGAACUGGAACACCAUUAGUGGGGCAUUGAUGUACAUGAGCUGUGGUCCACUCGGAUGCUGGGGAGUGAACUCGGGUCAAAACAUCUACUUCACGAAAGUCUCACCAGAUGCCUGCAGCAUCAGUGGCUGGCGUCAAAUAGAUGGUGCUGCUGUAAAAGUUGAAGUUGGGACUGAUGGACGGGUCUUUGUUGUAAAUCAAUCUGGAAAUGUCUAUGAAAGAACCGGAAUCUCUGAAGCAGUUCCUCAGGGCACAGGCUGGAGCCAAAUCACCUUUUGUGUGGCCAUCAAUCACGUGACCUAUGACCUGGGACGUCUGUGGCUUCUGACCAACACUGGCGUCCUUCUGAAUUGCAUCUAGUAACCAGCUGGAAAUCUUCACUUCACAUAUUCUGUUCUUUCUGAUGACUUCUUUGGGUUAAUCCCAUGUGUGCUUUAUCAGUAGAGGAUCUAGAACAGCAAAAGUCUCUAGAUUAAUCAUGAUAGGGGCUAAAAACCAAGGUGGGGAUAGAAGUUAUUGUUAAAAAUGAUUAUGCUAUAGAUGAUUCCAAGAAUGCAGGAAAUAAAAGGAAAGUUUAAAGUAAUACUUUUUGAAUUGACAUACAACAGUUCAGUUGGAUGUUUUUUUGUAUUGGUGUUCAACCUUUCAGCUUUUUCAAAUAAAACAUUAAAAUGUGAUUUUAAGGAAACAAUAAACUCU